GUACUGGGUACGCAUCCUGGUACCGGCUCCUACCCAGACGCACAUGCUAAUUCACACUGGUGUUAAACAUUUUAGUUGUGACGUGUGUGAAAACUCAUUCACACAGAGGUCGGCCUUGAAACGACACAUGUUAAUUCACACUGGUGUUAAACAUUUUAGUUGUGACGUGUGUGAAAAAUCAUUCACACAGAGGUCGGCCUUGAAACGACACACGUUAAUUCAGACUGGUGUUAAACAUUUUAGUUGUGACGUGUGUGAAAAAUCAUUCACACAGAGGUCGGCCUUGAAACGACACACGUUAAUUCAGACUGGUGUUAAACAUUUUAGUUGUGACGUGUGUGAAAAAUCAUUCACACAGAGGUCGGCCUUGAAACGACACACGUUAAUUCAGACUGGUGUUAAACAUUUUAGUUGUGACGUGUGUGAAAAAUCAUUCACACAGAGGUCGUCGGCCUUGAAAAGACACAUGCUGAUUCACACCGGUGUCAAGUCUUUCAAAUGUGAGCCUUCUCGUGACCGUUUGGUUUGUGUUGACACGAUUGUUGUUGGACUGGUAUGCGAGAGGCUUCUAACGAAACAAGACAUUGUGGAACCAAUCAGAACUACGAGGUCCUCUGUCGAAAAAAGCAGCAUGUCAAACAGUGUUGAUAGAUGUGUCGAACGCAAGUCCUCAUCAAAACAUUGUGAAAUCAACCCUGAUCAUUCUUGUGAAAAACCUUUUCAAUGUGGAAUGUGCUUAAAGUGUUUCUCUUACAAGUGUCGCAUUAAGCAGCAUUUGAGGAUCCACGCUGGUGAAAAACCAUAUCAGUGUGAGGUGUGUAGACUGUAUUUUCAUCACAAGCAUUCCUUGGCACGGCAUAUGUUCAUUCACACAGGAGUGAAGACUUUCAAAUGUGAGGUGUGUGCAAAAUGUUUCUCGUUCAGUUCCACCUUGAAAGAGCAUCUGCUCAUUCAUACUGGAGUUAGGCCUUUCAAAUGUGAGGUCUGUUCAAAACGUUUCAUUAACAGUUCUGGUUUAAAACAUCAUAUGCUGGUUCACACUGGUGUUAAGCCUUUUACAUGCGAGGUGUGUGCAAAAUGUUUCUCAAAAACUUCUUCCUUGAAAAGACAUAUGCUGAUCCACACUGGUGUUAAGUCUUUUAAAUGUGAGGUAUGUGCAAAAUGUUUCUCACAAAAUUCUCACUUGAAACAGCAUAUGUCGAUUCACACUGGUGUCAAGUCUUUUAAUUGUGAGUUAUGUGCAAACUGUUUCUCACAAAAGUCUCACCUGGAACAGCAUAUGUUGAUUCACACUGGUGUUAAACUCUUGAAAUGUGACGUUUGUGCAAAAAUUAUUUCUCGCAGUUCAAUGUUGAAAAGACAUAUGCUCAUUCACACUGGAGUUAAGUCUUUCAGAUGUGAGGUCUGUGCGAAACGUUUCUCACUCGGAUCCACAUUGAAAAGACAUAUGCUCAUUCACACUGGAGUUAAGUCUUUCAGAUGUGAGGUCUGUGCGAAAUGUUUGUAUGACAGUUCUAGUUUGAAGCAGCAUAUGCUUGUUCACACUGGUCUUAAGUCUUUUAAUUGUGAGGUGUGUACAAAAUGUUUCUCACAAAAUUCUCAUUUGAAAACACAUAUGUUGAUUCACACUGGCGUUAAGACUUUUACGUGUGAGGUCUGUGCAAAACGUUUCUCUCAGAAAUCCUUGUUGAAAGGACAUAUGCUAGUUCACACUGGUGUGAAGCCCUUUAGUUGUGACGUGUGUGGAAAACGUUUCUCACAGAAGCUGCAGAUGAAACAACACAUGUUGGUUCACACUGGUGUCAAGUCUUUCAAAUGUGAGGUGUGUGGGAAAUGUUUCUCACAGAAGUCGUACUUGAAACAACACAUGCUAGUUCACACUGGUAUCAAGUGUUUUAGUUGUGACGUGUGUGAAAAAUCCUUUUCACGGAAUUCGAACUUGAAACAUCAUAUGCUGAAUCACACUGGUGCCAAGUCCUUCAAAUGUGAGGUUUGUUAAAAAUCGUUCUCACAAAACUCGUUCUCCAAACGGCAUAUAUUGAUUCACACUGGUGUUAAACAUUUCAACAGUCCUAAAGAAAACAAACAUUGAGGGCAGUGUUUACUUGUUCCUAUAACUUAGAUUAUGUGAAGCAGUUAACAUAUUUAUUGAUCAUAAUGAUACGAUAUAAAUUUAAAUUCUAAGGGAAGCUAGAAGUUACUCGUUUUGACCUAGACAUAGGGGAGUGUUUACUUGUUCCUAUAACUUACAUUAUGUGAAGCAAUUAAAAUAUGUAUUUAUCCACAUAGAGUUGUGGCCCAUCAACUAAGACAAAACUUGUCUGGAUCCUCUAUUGUUUCUGUAUGCUUGUUUACUACACGUUCAUCUCAUUACAGGUGAAGGUUAAGCCUUUUUCAUUUUCUUUAUUGACUAUUGAAUAAAACAUUUUCAAAAAUCA